AUGAUCCUCCCCAUGGCAGCGUACGCACAAUUUGGCUACUCAUAUCCGCCGGCCUCGCAGUUGCUGGUCGGCGGCAGCAACGCGGGGAACGGCGGUUCAGCUACGUCACCUGACGGGGGCUCCAACUCGGUGCCUCCGCUGUCGCCUGGAGGCUCCGGGGUAGCUGGCGGGGCGUUGUCCCCUGGCGCGGGCAGCCACGCCAGCACCCCAGCAGCCUCCUGCUGCGACACGCCACGCCCCAUCAUCACUGACCCUGUCUCUGGCCAGACGGUCUGCUCCUGCCAGUACGACGGGGCCAGGCUCGCCCUCACCUCAUACCCGCGUCUCUCCAGCGCUGCUGUCGGUGUUUACGGAGCGCCUUAUCCUUCUUCAGAUCAGAACCCCUAUCCGAGCAUCGGAGUUGAUAGUUCUGCAUUUUAUUCGCCGCUGAGCAACCCAUACGCUUUGAAGGAGGGCGGCGGUGAGAUGUCGGCGUGGACGUCCGCGGGCCUCCAACCCUCCGGCGGCUACUAUCCCUACGACCCCACGCUCGCUGCUUACGGAUAUGGAGCGGGGUACGAUUUGGCAGCCAGGAGAAAGAAUGCAACGCGGGAGUCUACGGCAACUCUAAAGGCGUGGUUGAACGAGCACAAGAAAAACCCUUACCCGACAAAGGGCGAGAAGAUAAUGCUGGCGAUCAUAACAAAAAUGACUCUGACGCAAGUGUCCACAUGGUUCGCAAACGCGCGUCGCCGCCUCAAGAAGGAGAAUAAGAUGACGUGGGAGCCGAAGAACAAAACCGAUGAGGACGACGACACGAUGCUGUCUGACGAGGAGAAAGAAAAAGACGAACAAGAAGACAAAAUUAAACCCCACAAAGAUGAGGAGCGCAAGGGCGACGAGCUGCUGCAGGGGAUGCACCAUCAGCUUCUUGGCUACGGGAUCAAGGAGGAAUCAAAGCGCGGUACAUCAGAUUGUGGCGUACCGAUACCCGCGUCUAAACCGAAGAUAUGGUCGCUGGCGGACACAGCUGCUUGUAAAACACCACCACCAGCAGCGCAACCUUGGCCGCAGCACUCGUACGGACCUGGGCCGGAGCGCGCGGUUCCAGUGGAUGGCAGUGCCAACGGAUUCGCUUUGCCGGCGACGGCGGCUGCGAGCCCGGCUAGUGGGGCAUACGGUCGCUACGGUGGCUUCCCAAGCGGCCAAUACGGCCAACACCCUUGUGUGCAUCCAGCCGCUUUCCCCGAUGUCCAGACUGAUACACCACCACAAACGCCGCCCAAUAUGAAAGUACCGAGUGUCGCGAAUCCACUUGGUAGUGGAGGUGGUUCCGGCUAUUGCUUCCCUCGGCACCAACAAUCGCCGCAGCGCGAUCCCUACCACAACCCCCACCACGCUAACAACCAUCAGCCCAACCAGCCGCAUCACAAUGAAGGAUCAGCCGCCUUUAAGCCCUUCUAUAAAAGGUAA